CUUCUCCCUGUCAAAGCAACAACUAGCAGAGAAUGAAAUCUUUGAAUCAAAUAAAAAAGCUGAAACUUUUCACUCAUUUUUACUCAAUCUUGACCUCUAAACAAUUACACUCUCAACAUCAUCUAAACCCCACGCUAAAAAUUAUAUCACCAAUACUGCCCAAUGUGCCCAUUUGUCGAAACAAAGAUUCUCAUGAUAAAAACCAACUCAAACAAUCGAAAGUAAUCCCACCUUUGAAAACCCAUCUUUAUGUAUCAUUAUACUGUACGUUAAUAAAACUUUACUUAAAUUGUAAAAGAUUCUCAGAAGCCAGUGAAACAUUUAUGGUCAUGAGGAGUAAUGGAUUAAAACCAAACUUACAAUCAUGGAAUCAACUCUUGUACAAAUAUAAUGCUUCUGGUUUGAUAUCUCAGGUAUGGGUAGUUUAUUCAGAAAUGAUUUUAUCUGGGGAGGUAAUCCCUAAUGUUUAUACUAACAAUAUAUUAAUCCAUUCUUUAUGUAAAGUGGGCGAGUUAAAAACUGCAUUGGAUUUUAUUAGAGCUGUAGAGAUUGUAGAUACUGUUAGUUAUAAUACGAUUAUCUGGGGCUUCUGCAAACAAGGAAUGGUUGAACAAGCUGUUGUGUUUUUGUCUGAGAUGAUAAAGAAAGGUAUACAGAUGGAUAUUUUUACUUGUAAUAAUAUACUUAAUGGUUUUUGCCGAAUUGGGUUAGUAGACGAUGCAGUGUUAGUAAAAGAUCGAUUAUUUAUUAAAGAGGGGAUUGAACUAGAUGAUGUUAGUUAUAAUACAUUGAUUGAUGGGUAUUGUAAAGCUAGAGAUCUGAAGAAAGCUCGUGAAUUGGUUGUGAAAAUGAUAGAGGAGAAGAAUCUCUCUCCUGAUAUUGUUACUUAUAAUACAUUGAUAAAUGGUUUCUGUAAGACUGGGAAUUUUGAUGAAGUCAACAAACUUAUGGACGAGAUAGAAAUUUUAGGUCUGGAGCCUAAUGUUAUAACCCAUACUACAUUGAUCGACCGAGUUUGCAAAAUGCAUGGAAUCGAUGAAGCCAGAUCUUUGUUUGGGAAAAUGCUCGCUCAUGGCAUCUUACCUGAUGUUGUUACUUACAGUUCUCUUAUUAAUGGCUUGUGCAAGUGUAAGCAUCUUACCAAAGUAAAAAUACUGUUUGGAGAGAUGGAAGAGAGCGACAUUGUUCCCAAUCACGUUUCAUACUCUAGUCUGCUCAUUUCGUUAUUUACAGCGGGGAAUUUCUUGGAAGCAUUAUCUCUUCAAAGCAAGAUGGUGGUUUCUGGUAUUGCAUUGGACUUGGUGGUCUUUGGCAUUUUGCUGGAUGGCCUUUUUAAGGUUGGAAAAGCUAAUGAGGCAGAAAAGUUUUUGGAAACCUUGUUAAAGCUUCCUAUCGUUCCGAAUCAAGUAAUUUACUCUGCGGUAGUUGAUGGACGUUGCAAAGUAGGAGAUAUGAGUGGGGCAGAAGCUGUGCUAGAGGAGAUGGAAAAGACAAAUGUGGUUCCAAAUGUUAUUUGUUACUCAUCCAUUAUUAAUGGCUACUUUAAAAUUGGAAUGUCUGAUAGAGUCUUUGAUGUGAAGAGGAACAUGGUGAGUAAAGGCAUUCUUCCAAAUGAUAUCCUUUACAGUACACUAAUUGAUGGCUUCUUCAAGGCAAGUAAAACGGAUUUGGCUCAUAAAGCAUACCAAGAAAUGUUGGAAAGAGGCUUUGAGGCAAAUAAGUUUGUACUUGAUGCAUUUGUAAAUAACUCUAGAAAAGGAGGAAACAUGAAAGAAGCCGAGGAGUAUUUCACAGAGAUGACUCGAAGGGGCUUGAUUCCUGACUGCGUUAACUAUACUUCUUUGGUUGAUGGCCUAUUCAAAGUGGGAAUGGAGUCUGUUGCUCGUGAAAAAGUUAGCAAAAUGCCAGAGAAAAAUUUAAAACUUGAUGUUGUUAUAUGUAACGUCCUCAUUAAUGGUUACUUAAAACUUCGUAAAUUUGAUCAGGUACAAUCAGUUUAUAGUUAUAUGAUGCAGGAGCAUAUAGCGCCUGACCAAGUUACAUACAAGACCUUGAUCAAUGCCUAUUGUGAAUGGGGAAAUUUGGAGAAAGCUGUCGAGCUUUGGCAUGAAUUGAAGAUUAACGGAGUACGGCCUAACUCAGUCACUUGUAAUUCAAUAUUAGGAGGGUUUUGCAAGGCUGGUAACUUGAAUGGAGUUGUGGAUUUAUUGGAUGAAAUGGUGUCUCUAGGGUUCUGCCCGAACUCUGUCACUUAUAAAUUAGUUCUUGAAGCAAGUUCAAAGAAUGGUCGAGCUGAUACAGUUUUCAAAACGCAUGAACGACUCUUACAGAUGGGGUUUAAACGAGAUAAAAUGAUCUAUAAUACCCUCAUCACUGUAUUGUGCAAACUAGGCAUGACGAGAAAGGCAAGUUCUGUAUUAGAAGACAUGACCAGAAUAGGUAUCGCAGCAGAUACUAUUACAUAUAAUGCCCUAAUUUAUGGAUAUAUCAAGGGGAGCCAUCUAAAGAAGGCAUUUUCGGCAUUCUCACAGAUGUCGGUUGCAGGAGUUGUUCCAAAUGCAGUAACGUACAAUAUCCUCAUAGGUGGGUGUUCAAAUGCUGGUUCGAUGCAUAAGGCUGAUGACUUACUUACAGAGAUGCUGAAGAGGGGAUUGAUUCCAAAUGCUUCUACAUAUAAUAGUUUGGUUUCAGGUCAUGGGAAGAAAGGAGAUAACAAGAAAGCAAUGAAACUCUACUUCGAAAUGAUCCCAAAAGGAUUUGCUCCCAGUACUGGUACGUACAAUGUGCUUAUUAGUGGUUUCUCGAAGGCUGGACAGAUGUUUCAAGCAAGGGAACUUCUGAACGAGAUGCAUAAGAGAAAGGUAUUGCCUAGCUCCUCAACCUAUGAUAUACUGAUUCGUGGCUGGUAUGAACUCUCUUAUCAGCCUGACUUAAACACGUUGGCUAGAAACAAUUAUAGACGUAAAGCUCUCGAGUUGUUUGAAGAGAUGGAUACAAAAAGAUUUGGUCCAUGCAAAAGUACUGUUAUUUGUGUAAGUAAUAUAUUAGCAAGAGGUGGAAGGAAGGAAGAUGCUCGGAAGUUAUUGGAUAUAUACAAGAUCACAAAAAGGAAAAAGAAAAGAAUGCCCAUAUCCAGUCAAAACGAGCAUGAGAUAGGCGGAAAAAAGAGAGAAGAAUCUUCUGAAGUAUUUCAGCAUCCAUGAUAAGAAAAUCAGUUUCACCAAGUUCGUAUUUUAGGCUUACAGGCACCCCUAGUUUUAUCUCUUCUAACUAUGUGUUUCUUUGUGAUGGAACGUGUCCCGGGAUUCGAUUUGGGCAAAUCAGGUGUUGACUUCGUCUCAGAUCAGGUUAUGCCUUUGCUCGAAAGGGAAAGCUUGUAUAUAUAUCGCGGGGAUCUUUUACUGCGUCUAAGAGAUUUUUUUUCAAGUUCUUCAGGUUUUAGCUGGGUCGUUGUUUUCAGUAUUUCAGAUAAUUAAGCUUAUGAAGGUUUCACUAUUGAAGAAGCGUGUUUGGGAUUCACUUAUGAGAAAGAACAGCUGGGGAUGCAACUAUCAAAGAGAAGUAUGUCGUUUUUAUAUCCGAAUGGACCCCUUGUUUGGGCUGUGCAUUGCUGGAGAAGUAUUGCAAAUUUGGCUUAUCAAUUGCAGCUCACUACGCCGUUGAAGUACGUCCGGGAUGGAGGACUUUCUGUAUUGGUUGAAUCCAUGGCUAAAGCAACAAGCCCCCAAGGAGAUAGCACCUGCCAUUUCCAAUCCAUGCUCACGAAAACUUGUGUUAAAUAGCUUCACUGAUGAUGAUCAUGGUGUCAAUAGCGGUGGGUUUAUUUCCCACCUUACUUCUGAAAUGGAAUCGAAGAUGAAGAUGGCAGAGGAUAGAGUAGUCACCGCAUCUGCUGCCUGCAUAGCUACGGGGAGGAGUCCCCCCCUUCACAAUAUGCCAGGAUAUUUCACAUGUUUUGUAUUUCUUUUAUGCAUAACGUUGAAACUGAUGAAGAUCAUAAAACUAGGAGUUUCUUCGUAAAGAUGUAACAACCACCAAGCUUCGGGUCCGGCUCUACACUGCUGGAUUUCACAGCAUGUUAGAAUUUCAAUUACUGCUACUACUAUCUAGGAUUUGUUUGUUAAUUGUCCAUGUGUCCAAAAUUAUUCAAUUUCGGUAAAUUUAGUAGUUCCUUAGUUUUUGUUAGUUUCCAGAGUGAAAUGGAAUGUAUAACGGCAACCCUGAAUUGU